UUAGCCUACAACAUGGAGAGAGAUUUUCUAAAUGCUGAGGUUUCACACCCAAAGAUGAAUCCUCAAAACAACAGCAAUGGUGCAUUACAUUGGCGACAAACAGCACCAACCAACACAGUGCCAUGGCAACCACAACAACAACCAUCCUUGCCACAGCAACCAGAGAUAUCAACAUGGCAACAAGGAACCAAUCGGAAUCCUAAAGUUUCGAAAAAUCUCAAUAAUCAACAUGAAGCCCAUCACCAUAGCAACCAUUCAACAAAGAAAACCCCCAGUGAUGAACUUGCAAAAGCAAUGAGACUACUUGAGACUGCAGGGACCUUCCAAGAACAAAAACAGACUCCCAUUUUGCCAGAUUCAAGUAACCAACAUGGGCAGUCUUCAAUUCAAUCAAAAAUAAAUAUCGAACAGUUAUUUCACUCGGCUAAGCAAAAAGAGAAUGCUACAGAAUCUUUGGGAAUUUCUGCAAAUAUUAAUGGCAAUUCUAAUGGCUCUCUUGGAAUUGGUAGCAUCAGUUCUCAGUUAGGGAAAAUGUCACAAAAGGAACUUCUAGAGAGCCAGUUGAAGAUCAUCGAGGCAGUGACGCAAGCCACACAUCUUGGACAAUCAGCACAACCAACACAAUUAACACAUCCAAGACAACCAAUCUCAAUGGAUCCAACACAACCAGUGCAUUCAUCACAAUCAAUGUCACACAAUUGCAUUUCCCCUCCCAGAUCACUAGGACGAGGAAAUAUUAUAGAAUCAAGUGUAAAACGGAGUCCUGUAAGAGAACUUACAAAUAGAAGUCUUUAUGAACAAACAUUGAACCAAAUGAACACCAGUCAAGGUGCUACUGAUUACAGCUCAACCGUAAGACCCCUGUUUCCAGGCGUGAAGAGCUCAUAUCCAGGUCACAGUAUUCCACAUACGGGAAAUAGUACAGCUCCAGGUACCAGUACAGUUCCAGGGUUCAAGGUCAGAGGUCAGUAUCCAGGGCUUACAACACCAUUUCCAGGAAUGAUUACAGAUCCAGGGACUGGGAAUCCAUAUCCAGAAGUGAACACUUCUCCAGGGGCCAAUUCAUUCCCAGGGGUGGAACAUGCAUAUCCAGAGACAAUGCAGCAAUACAAUGGGAAGAUGAAUGCAAAUCAAGGAAUCUCCAUAGAACAGGACCAAUAUUCUUCAUAUUCACGAGAAGCCCAGUUUAAAGGGGGACAUAUCGGUGCAUUAAAACCAAUCAUUAAGAGCAACAUUAACUCCAAUGACAAUAUGGACCUUGCUCAGCAAUACCCAGAAUAUAACGAAUCUCUAAACUCUAUUGUAAAUACAAUCACAAAUGCCAAUCACCAUGGAGACAACAGAGAUCAAUAUUCAGAGGCUCAAAACCCUGUUGCUAAGAACAACAUGAAUGUUACUCACCAUGGAGACAACAGACAACAAUAUCCAAUGUAUUCAGACACCCAAGCCACUCCAUCCUUUGGGCCAACGGGUGAUGCAAAGCAACAAGGAGGGGAUGGGAGUGCCCAAGGGGAACCUAAUGAAGAAGAUCAGGGAGAUGAUAAGGAAAAGAAAGCUGGACAACAGGAACAACCCCUGACAGCAAAACAUCCUGACAUUAUUCCUGGCACAUUAAAAGAUGAGCUAAAGUGGGUGGAGCUAGAAGAAAACACUAUGGGUCACUUUUUUGUCAACAAAAUCUUUCUGGAUGGAAACAAACAAGAAUCUUGGAAACCAGACCACUUAAAAGCAACUGAGGUUUUGACCAUGGAAGAGCUUAUUGUGGGCCCCACUAGAGGGGGCUGUAAGCUUGAGAGUGCCCUGGUGAUAAGCAGCAUUUGGUAUAAUGACCCAAGCUUCUAUGCAAGUGUAUUCCCAGCUGGAGCUGAGAUUAACAUAGUUUGUCCAACACAUAAAGAAAAUGAAGUAUGGGUGGAUCGCACAAUCACAGAAUGCCUCGUUCAUCGGAAAGAGUUUGAAUUAUUUGACGAUUAUGAGGAAUAUGUGCCUGUGGAUUGCGGAUGUAAAGAGGCCAGAGACAUCUAUAUCGUGCACACCAAAGAAUGUGCCAACAUUAGAGCCAAUGUGCUUAUUCUCAGAUAUACUGACUUCUGCCGAAUCGUAGUAUCCAGUGGAAGUUUUGAUUCUGUGUCGUGGGAGAAGAUUCUGCAGUUUGGAUGGUACGAGGACUUCAAAUAUAUUCCCACCAGUAUGGGAGAAAAUAGAGAAGACUUCUGCAAGCGAGUGCGUGGAGAUUACAUGUUUGAAAAUAUGCUCUACCAAUUCCUGAUUUCCUUCAAGAUCGACUGCAUGAAGUGGUUGAAUGGUAUUGAUUUCAGCCAUCUCUCUCCCUGUGUCAAUUUGCUGUGUUCAGUACCAGGGAACUUUAGACCAGAAGAUGGCCUUGGGUUUGAGUUUCUGCAGUAUGUUGUGCGUAACAUUCACUGGUUCUCUUUGGAGGCUGCCCAGUUAGUGUACCAAACCCAUUCACUUGGCCAAGGAAACAAUGUAAGGACUGUACUGGAAAAGUUUAAGUCUAUGCUAGUAUCAUGUCCCACAGGCUACCAGGGCAUUAAGAUUCACUUCCCGACUGAAGACCAUGUGACAAAGAUGUGGGGGAAACUAAACCUUACAAAGAAUUAUUUGGACAAAGCCAUAGUGAAUAAAGACAAUUUGUAUGAAACAUGUGGUUAUCUGUACACCAACGAGGACCCCGAGGAUGUUCUUCUUCAUGCAAAUGUUUUCACUCAACAACAAAACAUCCACAAAGAUGGCGCCACUAAGACAUUUGGUUGGUUUACAACUGGAUCUCUUGGAUUGACUGACAGUGGAUGGGGCAAGAAACCCGAUGGACAGCGAAGAGAUGAUCAUAAACUGGCACGUGACCCAACGAAAAGACAAUUCUGGACUUACAAUGUUAACAUUCUGCUUGCCCCAUAUUCAGAGAUUGAUGAAUCUGGGUCUAUUCGUACAACCUUUGCCCCAAACCUACAUCCACUAGGGACCCACCUUGACCUAAGCAAACUGACAAAGUACCCGAAGGGUGUACCCCCUUACUAUUCAUUUAAACAGGGAGGUUCUCAAAGUCACAAAAAAGUUCACCAUUGUGUUGGAUACCUGAGCAGAAAUAAGAUAAACAAUCGAGAAAAGAGGAUUGAUCCUACAGCUGCAUAUGUAACACCACUUCCUGAUAGCCAUCCACUUGCUAUAGCAUUAGGGAAAACUCAGAGUAGCAAAGAGUGUGUUGUCAGCUUGGAAGUCCUGAGACAACAUGACGUCACUGUCCUUCCUGAGAUAGGCACUGGGAUUGAGUACUUCAUGCAUAUUCCAAAUAUACAUAUAAACAGCAAAACCAAAAAUAAACAACAGAGACCCCCAAAGGUGGUGUUUGUGAAGAAGAUCAUUCCGAAGGAUGAACUAGCAGCACUAGGACCAAUAAGAGAGCAGAAAACAGAAUCAAAAAGUGGUAAAUGUGAGGAGGUCAUAGAUUGGAGAACAGGAGAGUUACUAUAUCCUCAAGAGAAGACAAACAAAAAACCAGCUGCCCCGCUUACCUUUGAACAAAAGAUGCAGCAAUUGGGUAUAACAACAGACGAGUCCCUAGAUGCCUACCUGGACAAGAGACACAAAAGCAAGGACAUCAUAUACAAGCAAUACAAACAAGGGUCACGUGAUGACAUUCCCCAAAUGCAGCCAUCUAAGAUCAUCUCACGAGAGGCCUGGGUACAGAAGCAAAUAACAAACACGUGUGCCCCUGGAUUCAAACUGGAAGGCCCUUUGGCAAGACAUUUACUCGAGCUUCCGUUGAUGGCUAAUAGACAAAAAUGUUUCAUUGAAUGAUAUUUUGGAAAGAGAAUAUAUUUUUGUUUGUAACUGAUAAAGCAAUCAUGAAUGAAAUUAGAAUUUCAAAUUGUGCUAGUUUCUCAUUUAUCUCUCACAUCGUAUUACAUGUAAAACUAUUUUGUGCCUCGUUUUGAAACAGGAAAACAUUUUAUUCGGAUGUAAUGUAAAUUAUUGGAAAAUUUUGUAAUGGACUGCCAUGACCAUUUCUUGAUUUGGAAUCAUUUGUAAUAUCCACAUUGUAUAAUUUUG